ACUAUCUAAAAAUACUUAGGGAAGUUCAUAUCAGGCAAUGUUAUAAGUAGAUUACUAAUAUCUAAAUAACUGCACUCCAAUUAAGUUCAAUUCCAACCAAGCUAUAAGCUAAUCUAAUCUAAGAGAUUAUUUUUCGUAUCAAUGGCAAUGGAAUCGAAGUUAUCGGCGUUGUAGUUGAACUUAGUGCCUUCGAGAACACCAAACAUUAAACUUGACCCACAAAUUAUGCCACAAAUACGCCCUCUGUCGGCCAAUUUGCAGCGGACAGCCAUCGAGGAGCUGAACGAAGUGCCCGAACGUCUGGAUGCGGAUAUUACGGCAAUACGCACCUGGCUGGAACAGCAACCACAUUUGCGCUCACGCAGCAACGAUCAGUUCCUGGUGGCGUUCCUGCGCGGCUGCAAGUUUAGCCUGGAGAAGGCCAAGUCCAAGCUGGAUAAAUAUUAUACGCUGCGCACUCGAUAUCCGGACUUUUAUACCAUACGUGAUGUGGACAGCCAGCGCGUACACGAGCUGCUGCGCCUUGGGUGA